AUGGGAAACGCGCAAGCCAAACAGGCCCGGAAUGCCGCAGCGGCGAAUGACGUCCCCCGCCUGACGCAGAUCGUGUCGUCGAGGGGCGGCCAGGAGGCGCUGCUGCGGCACUCAUUCUGGAAGGCGCGCACGGCGCUGCACUGCGCGGCGCGGGCCGGCUGCGCCGAGGCGCUGGCGGCGGUGAUUGAGGUUGCGGCCCACCGCACCACCACAGCCGCCGGCGAGUCGCUGUCGGGCUUCCUCAACGCGCCAGACCACGCCGGGGACACGGCGCUGGCGCUGGCCUGCAAGCACGGCCACGCCGACUGCCUGCGGGAGCUGCUGGAGGCGGGCGCCUUGCCGCUCCCCGCCAACGCGCAGGGCACCACGCCGCUGCACUACGCCGCGCUGCGGGGCCACGCCGCCUGCCUCCGCCUGCUGCUGUCGUCCUACGUGCGCCUGCCAGACGGCAGCCGCGGCCGCACCGCCGACGCGCUCGUGCCUGAUGUCAUCGAUACCGAGCGCUACCUAGACACCCGCGCCCACUCCGGCCUCUGCGCCCUGCACCUGGCCGUGUUGUCGGGCUCGCAGUCCGCAGUGGUGGAGCUGGUGACGGCGGGCGCCCAGCUGACACGCCACUGUUGCCUCACCGCGCUGCACAUGGCGGCGGCCACGGGGCGCGCCUCGCUGGUCACCACCCUGCUGCACGCCCAGCAGCAGCGCCACCCGGGACUGGAGCUGCGCAGAAUGCGCAACGCCCGCGGGAUGACCCCCCUCAACGUCGCCCUGCUCUGCGGCUUCAGCAACAUGGCGUCGCUGCUGGCGGCGGGAGCGCCGCUGCCCGCGGCCCCGCCCGCCGCACGCUCCCGCCAGCUCCCGCCCCUGCUGCGCCAGCAGCUGCUGGUGCUGGUGCACCGCGCCGCGCUGCUGUCGCAGCUGCGCCAGCUGGGGCUGGGGUCGGCGGCGGCGGCGGAGCCGCCGCUGCCGCCGGGCACCGUGCAGCGCCUGGAGUCGCUGCUUCACUCUGACAGCGCCACGGCCAGCCAGGUGCUGGCAGCGGUGGAUGAGCUGCUCGAAAACGCGACCGCCGCACACGCCGCCGCACACGCAGCUGCUGGCGCCGGCGGUGGUGGCGGCGCCGGCGCCGGCGAGCAGCGCGGCGGCCAGCGCAGCCGGAGGCGGCAGCGCCGGCUGCAGCAGGAGCGGGAGCGCGUGGCGCGGCAGCUGGCGUCAGCGCAGGCGGGGGCGGACUGGACGCUGCUGGACCGCAAUCGCACGCUGUGGCACGCCGAGCACUCCAGCUCGCUCUACCCCUUGAGCAGGGACGGGGAGGCGGCGGCGGCUGGGGAGGCAGCGCCGCGGGCUGCGCAGGAGGGGGCUGCGAUGCUGGCGGGGGCCCUUCUUGGGGAUGAGGGCGAGGAGCGGCCUCGGCAGCAGCACCCUGAGCGGCAGCAGCAGCAGCAGGGCGCAGGCCAGCCCAGCGCCAGCAGCGGCGGGUCUGGCAGCAGCGGCAGCGACGCCAGCAGCAGCGGCGAGGAGGAUGGGCGGAAGCCGGGGUGCGCUGCCGGGCAGCUGGGUGCGGCUGCGGCUGCUGCGGCGGCUGGCAGCGAGGCGGAGGCGCAAGUGUGCCCCGUGUGCCUCGACCUGCCAGCCGACAUCUCGCUGGCGCCAUGCGGGCACGCAGCGUGCAUGGCGUGCUGCGGCCGCCUCGCCUCCUACAGCAGCACCAACAGCAGCUUCGGCCUGCCGCUGCAGAGCCCGCUGUGCCCGCUGUGCAGGGCCCCCAUAGAGGCCUUCAAGCAGGCCGCGCCUGCCUAG